AUGAAUGAUUAAUUCACAAUAUGUAAUAAAUGCAUGAAACAGAUUUCUUAGGCAAAUACAAUGAUGCAUUAACUCUAUUGCGAAAGAAAUACUUAAACAUGUGAAACGUGUGGAUAGUAAUUUGAUAUUACUUAGGAAGAGGAACAUAUUCAAAGUGUUCACUUACCUAAUACAUGCAAAUAUUGUUUUUAAUAUAUAAGUUAUACAUUUUAUGUGAUAUAUAGAGAAUUUUAAUAUUCAUACUUGUGCAUAAUAACCACAUAAUUGUGAAUAUUGUUAAAAACAAUAUUUGUUUAAUUAGAUUGAAGAACAUAAAAAAAAGUGUGGUCAAUUAUAGUAUAAAUGUAAAUACUGUGAGUAGAUGAUACUUAAUAAAAUGAAAGUUGAACAUACAAAGAAAUGUUAAAUUGCCAUAUUAGGACAUAUUGAAUUUAUUUGUAAAUAUUGUGGAGAAAGUUUGAUUUGUAUAAUUAUAGAUUAUAUAAUUAGCUAAUCAAUUAUUGAUAGAACAUGAAUCAAUUUGUUAGUUUAAACCUUUUGAAUGUCCUUAUUGUUACUUUUAUAUUGAAGAAAUAGAUAAGGAUGAACAUUUGUAUUAUUGUGGAAGUAGAACUGAUUAAUGUUCUUUUUGUAAAAUGAAAGUGAUUCUAUCUUAAAAAGUAGAGCAUCAAUUAGAUUGCAUUAGAAAAUGUCUUAUGGCAAAGUGUAAUAUAAAGAAACAAGAGAAUGUAGAUAAAGUAUAAUUAAGUAAAUAAUGCGAUGAAUUUGAAGAGGAUUAUGAAGCUUAUAUGUAAUAAGUUGAAGAUCAAGAUAAUGAAAACUAUUAAGAUUAAUGA